AUGAUCAACACGAAAGACCGUUGUAUUGUCAAUAAUUCUGACAGCAGCAGUUAUAUAUGCGACACACCGCAAAUGGUACAGAAUAAAUACAAUCUGGUUAUGGUGUAUCGCCGGAAUGGCAUGCAGAGUGAUUCUGCAAGGGUCGCUGGCUGCCACCAAUCCGCGGUCUCCAAAGUCCUAAUGGAUUCCGUUGAAGCUCUAAACGCGAACGCAGGCCAGCGAGCCUUCUUUCGGCGAUAUCGCCUGCUCGGUAUUGUGGGUGUCAUCGACGGCACUCAUUGCCGUAUUCAGAGGCUAACGGAGGCGGAGGAAGAUUAUGUGUGUAGGAAGGGGUACUACAGCGUCAAUGUUGGAAUAGUUGUAGAACACGACAUGAAAGUGGUCCGGUUCCGCCCACGAUUCGCGAGUGUUCAAAACCUCCGCGAUACGUGGGCAGCUUCAUACAAGGCAGCUGAGAGAAGUCCUAUUAGAAGACUCUGCCUACGCGUCGGAGACGUUCCUGCUCAAGUCGGUCAACAACCCACGAAGCGAGCAAGGUAUAGCAUGAGAGUUUCGUCCGUAAUCCAAUUUCAAUCACAUCCUUCAGAGCGCCGCUAUAACAGAACCGUCUGCUCGGCGCGCACUUGCGUCGAGCAGGCAUUUGGAGUCCUGAAGCGGCAGUUUCACAUUCUACAUGGGGAAUGCAGAUACUCUCCUGAGAAGGCUGCCCAGAUAGUUGUGGCUUGUUCCGUUUUUCGCAACGUAGCGAUAAAUACGAGGAAGCCGCCCGAUUAUGACCACUACCUCGGCGAAGACAGGCAGGAGGCGAGAUGCCGUCCGAACCGACAGACGAACCUCCUGAUCGAAGGGCCUACUCCUUUGUGCAGGAAGUAA